GCCACCAUGCCUCUGGUGACGAGGAACAUCGAGCCAAGGCACCUGUGCCGUCAGACGCUGCCCAGCGUGCCCAGCGAGCUGGAAUGCAUGACCAACAUCACCCUGGCAAAUGUCAUCCGACAGCUGGGCAGCCUGAGUAAAUUUGCAGAGGACAUCUUUGGAGGGUUGUUCACUCAGGCCAGCACCUUCGCCUCCCGGGUCAGCGUCCUGGUCGAGAGAGUCGACCGCCUGCAAGUCAAAGUCACUCAGCUGGACCCCAAAGAGGAGGAAGUCUCCCUGCAAGGCAUUAACACCAGGAAGGCCUUCAAAAGCUCCACUACUCAGGACCAGAAGCUCUUUGACAGAGAUUCUCUCCCUGUGCCUGUCCUUGAAACCUACAGGACCUGCAAUACUCCUCCACCCCUCAACAUUCUCUCACCUUACAGGGAUGAUGGCAAAGAAGCUCUUAAAUUUUACACAGAUCCUUCAUAUUUCUUUGACCUUUGGAAAGAGAAAAUGCUUCAGGACACCAAGGAUAUUAUGAAAGAGAAGCGGAAGCACAGGAAAGAGAAGAAGGAGAACCCCAACCGGGGAAACGUCAACCCACGGAAGAUCAAAACCCGGAAGGAAGAGUGGGAGAAGCUGAAAAUGGGGCAGGAGUUUGUGGAGUCCAAGGACAAGCAUGGCCCUGCUGGGUACCCUCCUGCCACGGUCUAUCAGAACGGCAGCAUUGGUUCCAAUGAGAGCAUGGAUGGGAGCUGCUACCCCCCCCCGCCGCAGGCUGACUCCAUUGUGCCACCACCUCCCUCCUUCCCAGAUGACAGCCUGCCUCCACCCCCGGUGGAAUUUAGCUAUCCUGCAGACAACCAAAGAGGUUCUGGUUCUGGAGGGCCCAAGCGAUCCAGCCUGGUCAGCCCCAGCCACCCGCCGCCGGCGCCUCCCAUCAGCUCCCCCUCCGCAGCCAGGCCUGGCUUUGCUCCCCCUCCAGCACCACCUCCACCACCACCACUGAUGGGAAACAUCCCUCCUCCACCACCUCCCGUGGGCUUCCCAUCCCCAGGAACCCCACCGCCCCCCUCAUCCCCUUCUUUCCCUCCUCACCCCGAGUUUGCUGCCCCCCCGCCACCACCACCCCCUCCGGCAGCCGAAUACAGCAGUGUGCUGCCAGCUGCACUGCCACAGCUGCCUGGGGGCAAUGUGCCACCUCCCCCACCACCACCACCUCCCCCUGGGCCACCACCUCUGUCUUCUGGUGGCCUGGAUGGUCCCCCACCCCCUCCUCCACCCUCAGACACCUCUGCCUCCAAGCCCAAGUCAUCCCUGCCUGCGGUUAGCGAUGCCAGGAGUGAUCUGCUCUCAGCCAUUCGCCAAGGCUUCCAGCUGCGCAAGGUGGAGGAGCAGAGGGAGCAGGAGAAGAGGGACGUUGUGGGCAACGACGUGGCCACCAUCCUGUCACGCCGCAUCGCCGUGGAGUACAGCGACUCGGAGGACGACUCCUCGGAGUUCGAUGAGGACGAGUGGUCGGAUUAGCCACACUCCCACCCCCUGCCUCCCCUCCUCUUCUGCCUUAACAUCUUAAAGAAUCAGAUGGCCAAACCUUCCACCACUUCCUUUUUUCACCCCAUAACCAAAGAUGUGCCAAGGGGGUUCAUACAACCAGCAGCAGAUCUUCCCUCGCCCUCCCCCUCCAGCCUUGGCAGGACUCUGGGCGCUCCUUACGGACACUGAGGGUGCGGUGCUGGGGUGUAGCUGGAGGGGCUGUAAGGGUUUGCUUAUUGAAAAGAGAGCUCUAAGCCUCCAGGUCCUUGGUGCCAGCAGGCAGAGCACACAGCAGCCCUGCAUCUUGAAGGAGUCAAGAUGGAUGAUGCUGUGGCAGCCACGCGGAUGAAGGACACCUCCAGCUGCCUUGCUCCUUGCACCCUCAGCCAGCUGAGCCCAUGGCCCUUCCUUCCCAGUGCAUACUGGGAGUGCUGCAAGAAAAUGGCCUUUAAAUGUCACUCCUCUGCUGCACCCCCACUGACAAACAAGCAGGUUUUGGCAGCAGUGCACAAUUCUUGCUCCUUAGUAUUAUUUGCAGACCACCCUGCCUGGGCUGCACCUCCGGGCCCAGGGGCUGCAGAGGGCAUUGGGUGCAGU